AUGUCUUCUUCCCUCUUAGAAAACGCGCCUCAUGAUCUCCUCUACCCUAAACUCGCUUUCCAUCGUUCACCAGUCUUCACGAAAUGGACAAGGGGUCUCCGCCCCCUCAUCCACCUCCAACCUUCACCUUCUGGUCCUUCUUCCCCUCCACCAGGUAUCAGCAGCCACUUCACCUUCUGUUCCAAGACAGUUGGGACAAAUCCAAGUGUAUUUUCUGUAUAUAAGAUGGAAGUGUUGAGAGAUACUUGCACAAAAACCCAACCUGUGUUUAGAGUUACAACAGAUGAUGGAUAUCAGUUUGAUGGUCCAGAUCCUUCAUCAUGCUGGAAUAAAAUUUAUGAAAAAAUAAGAAAAAUACAUUCAAGUAGUUAUGAUGAGUCACAGGGUGAAGGUGAAUCUAUGAGCGUCUUCAAGUCAGGUGCUGAUAUGUUUGAUUUUUCUGAUCCUCAUGUGUUGAAACUUAUACAGGGGACAUCAAAUUCAAAGAUGAUAUCAGGGAGCUUACUCAGCAUGCCAAUUGGUUAUAGCCAUGUUCAUGUUAAAUGGAAGGAUCUUGAUAAGUGCAACGUCUGUCACAUGGAUGAGGUUGAAACAAAGCUGAGGCUUCCUGCGGUAAUAAGCAAAAUUUUCCAGCCUAGUAUCCACAGAGGAAUUACGUGA